AUACACGGCUCGCCUCGGGUAAAUCAACGAGACCUUCUCGACCCUCCGCUGUGCCGCGGAUAGGGUCGAGGUAACCUGGACUAUGGAGGACAUGACUUCAGUUGCUCUUCGUAUUUCUCAGUUGGAUGCUUCAGAACUAGACCAUGAAAUACACAACAUUUUCUCAGCACAGUUUCGCAAUGUCUUCAAAUAUUUCAAACCGCAUCUCCUGACCAAGUAUGAGCCAGAGAUCAACGCAGCAUUCAGAUUUGUCAUUUGGAAGUGUUCCAUCAAUGUUUUAGAGUCGACCAUCGGACAGCAGAUCCUCAAUUUGAAGUACAAAGAUGGCCGGUCGAGUAUUGAGCGGCAUUCAUGGAUGUCUCCGCGCCAGAAGCUACUCUACGCUGUGCUUGUCAUCGGUGGAAACUGGGCCAGUGAUAGGUCACAUGAUCUCAAACGAGUGACGAGUGACUGGCCGCAAUCUUCUGUGAUCUCAAAAGUCCUCUCUUAUGCGGAAGAUGGAUGGAAGGUGGCAUCCUUGUUGAACUUCCUUGUAUUUCUUCUGAACGGACGGUACCAGUUACUGGUCGAGAGGAUCCUGGGCAUCAGGGCCGUCUUCCCCAGGCCCCAGUCUGUGAGGCAGGUUGGAUUUGACUAUGUCUCCCGAGAGCUGCUCUGGCAUGGUUUUGCUGAAUUCCUAUUCUUCAUUCUUCCACUUAUCAACUUCCGACGAAUCAAAAGUUUCCUCAGCCAGACAUUCCUGCCAAAAUCACGGACACUUGGUGGACGGCGUGAUUACCAAGAAUGUACGAUAUGCGGAGAGUGGCCAACUAAUCCCCACCACAUCGGAUGUUCGCAUGUUUUCUGUUACUAUUGUAUAACGAGCAACACGAUGGCGGACUCUGGUUAUCUGUGCCCAGGAUGUCGUCAACCAGUGGAGACUAUAAACAAUAUCAGACUGGUACAGUUAGAAGUGGGUGUGAAUACAUGAAUGCACUGACCAAGAUUUGUAUGGACUUGAGAUGCUGGAGAUGUUCCACUGAAGUGGCAAUGAAGGUCGGAUUCUUAUACACCACACUUGGUAUGAAAUCAAGUCGUGAUGGCAAGGACUUUGGAGAAUGUGUCCAUGGAAGAGUCUGUGAAGGUGGUAGACACUCGGUAUGUGAUCAACCUGAUUUCAAGGACUUAAGACGACAGAAAAUGUGUUGAUAAAGGCAGGUUUUCUCUUCAGAGAAACUCGAGACUGGAUUGAUUCUCUGCAUAUUGAAUUUGUACAUAGCUGUCAUUCACAGAGUAAUUUAUGACCCAAAUUGGGUUUGUUUUGUAAAGAUUUCAAAUAAAAUUCAUGGUU